AAAAUCCUGGAAGUGGAGGAGGGCUGGCGAAACGUAACGACGACGACGACGACGAGGACGAAGACGCCAAAAAUCUUGGUUGGUUUGUAGCGGCAUUGCCAAACCACCCAACAGCAGGAUGGAGAUUGUUGGGAGUUACGAGUACAACAGCAAAGAAAUCAUCGGCCAUGGUGCGUUUGCAGUCGUUUUCAAGGGCCGCCACCGUGAGGCACACUAUCCGGUGGCCAUCAAAAGCAUCACGAAGAAAAGUCUGGCCAAAUCGCAGAGUCUGCUCGGGAAGGAGAUAAAAAUCCUGCAGGAGCUCAGCGCCCUAAAGCAUAAGAAUGUGGUUAAGCUGCUGGCAUGUACCGAGAAGGAUCAGAACGUGUUUCUGGUAAUGGAGUAUUGCAACGGAGGUGAUCUGGCAGAUUAUCUAGCAGUAAAAGGAACGCUCAGCGAAGACACCAUACGAUUGUUCCUCGGUCAACUGGCAAACGCUAUGAAGGCACUCUACAAAGCGGACGUUGUGCAUCGAGAUUUAAAACCGCAAAAUAUUCUUCUUUCCCAUGCCUGCGGAAAAGGUUUGCCCUUACCAUCGAAGAUUACGCUCAAGAUAGCCGACUUUGGGUUCGCCCGGUUUCUACAGGAUGGAAAUAUGGCAGCAACCCUGUGCGGCUCUCCGAUGUAUAUGGCUCCGGAGGUGAUCAUGUCACUGCAGUACGAUGCCAAAGCAGAUCUCUGGUCGCUGGGCACCAUAGUGUUCCAGUGCCUCACUGGAAAAGCACCAUUCCAAGCACACACGCCCCAGGAGCUAAAAAUGUUCUACGAAAGGAACGCCAAUCUGGCCCCAAAGAUUCCAUCUGGUACUUCCAAGGAGCUAACAGACUUACUCAUGGGGCUGUUGAGGCGCAAUGCUAAGGAGCGCAUGAAUUUUGACACGUUCUUCAAUCAUCCCUUCCUGCAGCGUGCCGAAACACCGCAAGGCCCAAGUGAUCCCACUCAAUUACCAGGAUCAGCUCCUUUCGGAGCGGUGGGUAAAGUCAGCAGUCCGCAUCAGAAAACAGCACCGAUCACACUCCAACAACAGCAGCAAAAGCUUCACCACCAUCAUCACCAUCAGCAGCAUCCGCCGAGUCAGCAGGCAGCCCAACAUCACGACCAUCAUGCUCAACAGCAAAAGCAACAGCAACAGCAACAACAAAUGCAACAACAGAAACAGCAUCACCUGCAAGAGCUUGCAAAGAAGCAGACGGUCGAAAACAAUAAUGUGCCGAUCGCUGAAAUAGAUGACAGUGUGGCAACGAUCAGUGCAAACAAUACAUCCAACAGUAGUCCAGAAGAGUCGGAUGAUUUUGUCUUAGUUCCAAACAAUAUCCCGGUCGAUCCCGGCCAUGGUGGUAGCUAUGACAAGAGUAAACCAACUCGAGUGCCUCAACCGAUGUCCCAGGCGCAGGCGAGUCCGCCUCGACCGAGCACGUUACCGAUCUCAGAACCGAAACCCGUCCCUACGGCUGCUAGAAAAGUGUCUCGACCUCAAGCACAAACACCUCCAAAGAAUAAUUCAAUACCUCGAUCGGAACCUAUCAACAUGAAGCGAUCGGAAAAUCGAGGUAGCAACUGUGAUAUCCGAUCGAUUUCACCUCCAGCUGUACAGUUUGCGAUCGGAACGCCGCCAUCUUGCGGUCGCCGAAGAUCAACGUCCGGUGGUUCGCUGUCGGAAACGCCACCACCGCCAAGCUGUUGGACCGUUAGUCCGGGCUCGCAUCACUCUCCCUUGCGCCGUUCCGGCACUAGCUCACCCGUUAUGAACAAUGUGCUCUCCAAACUGCCCGCCCUGGGUAGUCCGACGGCGUUGAUGGCUGGCAUGGAGAAUAACAACCAUCAUCACCAUCAUGGCCAUCCACUGACGGCAAGGGCUUUCACGCUGCCGGAACUUGGUGCCGCUGGGGGACUGCAGAGCUAUCUGGACGAUCAUACGAUCGAUGAUCAUCCGAUCAAUUUCCACGCACCGGAACUACAUGCGGAAACGUUGCUCGAUCGAGAUCAUAACGAAACGCUGGCCAAGCUUAACUUUGUCGUUGCACUGACGGACUGCAUACUGGAUGUGGCCGAUUCACGCUGUGCUCCGCUGUCCUCGAUGAUGCUAGCCGAUGCGCAACCGGUACCACCUCAUCAGCCGGAACACUGCAAGCGUGCUGAACGUUUGGUGCUGUUGGUACGAGCGCUCCAUCUACUGUCCGCUGGAAUGAAUCUUGCUUCGGCACAGAUACGCGCCGGUAAUCUGAAGCCUUCAAACAGUGUGAAAAACGUGUUGACCACCAUGCACGCAAAGUAUCGCUCGACGUUAAUCGAAUCGAAAAAGUUGAACAGUGCCGGUUUGCUGCAGCGAGCUAAUGCGAGCAACAUUACUGCAGAUAAAAUCAUCUUCGAAUUCGCACUGCAGAUGUGUCAAAUGGCGGCCGUGGACGAACUGUUCAACAAACCAGCCGAAUGCUUCCCGCGGUACCAAUCCGCCCAAAUUCUACUGCACUGGCUAGCGCAAAAAUCCAAACAUCCGCAGGACAAAAUAUUGCUCUCGAACUAUAAAGAGGCUGUGGAAAAACGACUUUACAUCCUGAAAGGACAAGGCUACAUCUACACCACGGAUGAGCUCUCCUGAAUGCCCUUCAGUGGAUAGUGUAUUGUACGUGUGUG